AUGGGUCCAUUAUCAAAGACCAUGGAAACGCGUCGGCUACACAACGCCGAUAUGAAGCACAUGCACAAGGGCCUCGACGCCCAUCUCAUCAACGACAUCUGGUCAUGGCUCAAACACGAAUUCGAGGGCGCAGUCGGUCGCUUCCUCUAUCCCAUCAUCAUGUCCGGCCGUCUAAAUGCCACUGAAGAAACUCAGGUCCGUCAACUCGAACCUGUUUCCCGCCUGUGGCGCCGCGACUGGAAUCUCCAAGAGACGGCGCCGAUGGGCCACGAGCCCAUCCAGUGCGGAGAGAAAUGGGCGUACCAGCAUGACCAGUGUCCGGCUUGUAUGCUCAGCCGCAUUGGUUCGGAUGGCGGAGUUUUGUUUGCCCUGUUCGCGGGCAUGGUAGGUCGGUUUAACACUCGGUCACUGACUCAUGCUGAAGCGGGUGGUAGUGCUGAUGCAUGGGAGAAGACGAGGUCGAAGCGGAUUCGCUUUGUCAAGUACUGGCUUCGUGCGAAUCGGGAUGGUGAUGCCGCGGUGUUUACUGCGGGUAUGCUGGGCAUGAAGAUGAAGCGGAUGAGACGGGAGUGGGGAGAAGAGCAAAGUCGUGUUCGGCGGCAGCUUCCUCCUGUGCAACCGAGUCUUGGGGGGAAUAGCAGUCAGAGUAGGGAUGGGCUACAUUUGCAUGAUGUAAAGGUUGGUCCUGUUCCUCGCCCAGCGGAUUUUAAGCGGUACUCGCCUGCAUCAGCAUUGGGUUUUGACAUUCCCCCUUCUCCUUUACCCAGCAGUCCGCGACCAGCUCGAGUUAACACCGAAGUACGGUUUCCGGUCCGGUAUAGCCCACCGACACUGGAGACAUCUGCCCCUGCCAUACGCCAGAGCAGCACAGAGCAUCUCCGUCCCGCCCCUCUCCGCCCCCGUCGUCCCAAACCGCCACCUGCACAUCAAGAUCCACUUGUCCCCUCGAUCCGAGUACCCUCACAAGAUGCCCCGAUCUGGGACCUUUCUGAUCGCUCAGAUCCCCCAGAGUUGCAAUACCCAGCAUCGGUAGGUACACUCACCGACAAAAACCAUCGCAAUGACUCAGUCCUCUCCUCUCUUCCCCCGUCCAAUCGUCAACCAUCGUCUUCUAUCCCAGCCCGUCCCUCAUCCCCAGUCUCUACACGCACAAUCGCAUCGUAUAAUGGACGUGCAUCAUCCCGACCCCUCGAUUCUAGCCACUUCGCUGACCCUUUCGACAGCGCCAUCUAUGCCACGUUCUUCAGCGAUGCUGUAGAUGCGCACGAUGCGUCUACACUGCCGAAACCGAAGCACGGGAGCAUGUAUGAAGCGUUUGGGGACGGGAACUGGGAUGCAGGACGGUUCGAGCGCGUGGAUGAGGAUAGGGGUGAGGAUGAAGAUGAGGUGGAGGUGGAGGAUGGACUGGAUAGGGCGGCACGGUUGUUGAGGCCGAAGGUUGGGAGGGGAGAAACGGGGGAGACGGGUUGGGAGGUUUUGUACUAG